CGGAAACAGAAUUUGUUUCAAUAUGGCGACUACGGGACAGCCACAGCGCCAAAACAAAGGCAGAGUACAGACUGUUAGAUCAUCACUGCCCUACCAGGUUCUCCUCUACCUUAAUGGAUGGUACUUUGCAUUCUUCUUUCUGUGUGAAAUUCUUAUUUAUGUUUACAAAGGCGAGACCUUACCCUACGCAGACAAUGUGUUACCAGCAGAGGUGAUUUUGGUCUUCAUUUUAGCAGGAAUAGAGGCCUUAAGAAUAUUUUUUGCUCAAAAAGGAAACUUGACAGAGAGGAUUGUGGGAGUUAUAAUCUCGAUAUUACUGAGUAUCCCAGCAGUACUAGGGGCACUAUAUCUCAUCUUAUGGCAGACUUACGUGUUACGAGUGGAUGUCAUCCUCGCCGCUAUUCAGGCCGCAUUUAUAGGACUGGAACUCAUUUUUGGAAUCAUCAGCAUGAUCACAUUUGCUAGAGCUACACCGUAUUAAAUGACUGUUAUGCAAAUACCAUUCUCUGUGAGGUUGUGGAAAAGAAGGAUCUGUCAGAAAGGAUACUUUCAGUUCUUCAUUAGUUCGAGAUCACACCUAACUUGUUUGAUUAAAUACAUGUGCUUUAGAUAUAUUCAUGUGCAAGAAACAGUACAAUAAUUAAUUAAAGAGACAAAUACAUUUGUAUGAAAGGGAGAGCUUAAGUUUUUAUCGGAGAAAUGAGAUACAAUAUGAUGAACUUGUGCAAAUUUUAUUUAUAAGAGUUGUUUUUGUGCUUUUAAGACAAACAUCGGGUAUCUCAGUCUAGUGUUUUACCUUAAUGUUAUAUUUUGUGAUAUAUUUUUGUAUGGAAGAAAUGUCUGUAUGUGUAAUAUUAUAUAAUAAACAAUAGUGUAUUUUCAA